AUGGAGAUGCCCGUUAACGUUGGGGACGAAACAAUUCAAGACUUCAUCGACAUUUGGGAGAAUCCGGAGCUUGGCCUGCCACUCGUUUCAAUGCCUCGGUGUGUUCCUCCACGGUCUCUGCCAAAGGGCGGCGCCGUCUAUAGGGAGGGUCCAAGGUUUAAAGUUUCGGCGCAGGAGUUGGGAAUGAAUGUGGGAUGGGAACGGGGUGAAGAGGAGGAACCAGCGCUUUACUUGCAGCUUCAGACAUCCUUUGAGAGACAAGAUAUGACAGGGAAUGAAAGGUGGGCAACGAGGAGAGCUAGUGACGGUUCCUCAGCAUGCUCGUGUACGUCGGGUUCCACGGAGGACUCGGAAACAAUGGUUCUGACGCCGUUUAUCCUGUCUCAUUCGAACCCGUCGAGCCCGGGAGCUGACCAAACCCUGUCCCUCGGAGGGGAGAGGAGCUUGAGGAGCUUGAGUGCCUCCGCUAGCACUGGGCCUGACUAUGAGCUAUCUCCUGUUAAUCUAUCGCCGGUACCGGAUGGGCUAUACCCUCAUCCCCUGUUUCCGCAGUCCAGUAAUACCCCGGGCCCCGCGCCUGUGGUCCAGGAAUCAUUUUUGCACCCGAUAUUGUCAAGAGCUUCACCGCCUCGCCUGCCACGGCCUACGACUCCAUUGCGAUUGGCUAGUGUGCCAGAGAUAACCCACCAAAGGUCUCAUUCGAGUACUGGCGCGACAAGCUGCCCGUCGCCGCAGGGCCCAUACUUUGAAAAUCCCAGAGCGCGGCCCGUCACUCCCGCACGAAAGGCGGUCUCAACACCUAGCUCCCCAGAAAGACUGCGGGCGAUUUGGCCGCUACCCAUAGACUUCCGCUCAACGGGAGUAGGUGAAUCGCCAACUGCAUCCCUGCCACGUUCCUGGGGAUCAUCGAGCGCAACGGACGGGCCAGGGUUAACACGGAAGGCGUCGAGAAUUCUCGGGAUCGACUUCCGGCCUAAAUUGGCACUCCCGCGCGGUCUUCGGUCUUACUCCAGCAAUCUCUCCACCGCAUCAUCCUCAGUUCCCCCCCUGUCAAGCGGACACUCCUCCACUACCUCCACUGCCUCCACCAGUUCCACCCGCUCCACCCGCUCCUCUGCUUCAACACCGAGCAGUGCACUCCCAUAUGACCCAACAGAGGACUGCGUAACACUAACCACCGCCCUCAACCAAUACGCAAAAUCCCGCAAAAUCCCACACCUGCUAAACAAGACCGUCGCCAGGAUAGCCCUUCGGCCCUCCAACCUGGAAAACCUCAACCAAGCCUUCGCAUCCCUACCCAGUAACCAAAGUAGAAGCCUCGACACUGAAAUCCGCACCCAAACCACGGGCCCGCACAGGCUCCUCCUCCUAAAACUGCUCUCGGGCCCUCACCGCAACGAGGCGGAAUGGCUAAGCACCUACUGCCGCAGCAGCCCCGGCCAAGCGCACACCCAAGUACCGCCCGACGACAAACUGGUAGCGGAAAUCAUCUUCGGCAAAUCCCCGCGCGAACUCCGACUCCUCAAGGCCGCCUUCGCGGAGCUGAACAACGGGUGGAACAUCUGCGAUGCCUUGGCGGAAUUAUACCCCGAGGGCACCUCCAGCGCCGCGUUUGGCCGCGCCGCGAGGCGGUUGAUGAAGUGCGAUCGCGACGAGGGGGAGCCGCUGGGGGCCAGGAGGAAUGAGGAUAUCGUGGCGCAAGUGGAAGACUUGUACGCUGUCGGGAGGGGGGGCGGAGGGAUCAAGUAUCUCGAUCAGCGACUCCUGCUAGAAGUCGUGAUUCGCAGGAGCGACGCCUUCCUUCGGGACCUGUGCAGAAGGUUUAGGGAGAGGCACGCGCGCGAGCUCGUGGACGUUGUGGCGGCAAGGGAAAGGGUGAUCGCUGGAAAGGGAGGGGUCUGGCCGAAUAAUUUGGUACGCUACCUUUUUCUUUUCUCUUUUCUUUUUCCUCCCUUCUCUUCCCUUAUCCUCCUCGCAAUUACCCCGCUAAGUUGGAACAGGAGUAUGCCGUUAUUCAUGCACUCUGCUGCGCCUCCUCGAGACCGGCACGGGAUGCGAAACUCCUACACGAUACCAUCGGCAUACUGUGGGUUCGGGAUACCAGGCUCAUCGCGCGCGCCGCGAGACUGCACUUCAACCAGAGGCACCUCCGCGCCGUGAGGGCCGCUUACAAAGCAAAGUACGGGAAAGACCUCGGCGAGGGGAUCGGCGGUGAGAUCAAGAGGGGCGCGUAUAGGGAUUUGAUGGUACGAGUUCUUGAGGGUGCUAGAGUUUAGUAUACAAGUAACGGUGGGAGAUUUUGUAUAAAUGGACAGGAGCAUGGCGUUUUUUUCUUCUUCUUCUUUUUUUCUCUUCUUCUUCACAUUUUUCAUCUGUUUCCUGGAUGAAUUAUUAUUUUUAACCUGUAUAUUCUCUUCUCUUCUUCCAUUCCGUUCACAUAUCUCAAGAAUAAAUGAUGUCACGC